CUCCGUCUCCUCCUCCUCUCUGCUCGGUUCGUCCCUUUAUUCAAAUAAAAUCUGGAAAACGUAAUUUCUGCCCAAUGCGCGUGCUCUCAUGUGACAUAAUGGAACGUGCCAGUCUAGAAAAGCUCGAGGCGGUGAGCGCGAGCGAGCAUUGAGACGGUGGUGGCGGAGAGCGUGAGACUUGUCACUGCGUCCAGGAAAAGAAAAAAAGAAAAAAAAGACUUUUCAUAUUUAACAGCAGAUAUUUUAACACCGAGGUUUAUUUCUCUCGAGGGUUAUGGGCAGGGCGACUCUCUGAGGGAGUGUCAAGUAUCACGACUUGUCAUUUCACCCACGGAAAUAAUGAUGAAGAAGGAUGUUAACUUGAGCUUGGCGGACGACGCAGACCUCAAGCCGCAUCUCCGCGACGCCGAGACCAUCCUCAGCUCCCCGGACCUGGGGCUGCUGAAGCUGGCCUCCCCCGAACUGGAGCGGCUCAUCAUCCAGUCCAAUGGGAUGGUCACCACGACGCCGACCAGCUCCCAGUUCCUCUACCCGAAGACGGUGACGGAUGAGCAGGAGUUCGCCGAGGGCUUCGUGAAGGCGUUGGAGGACUUGCACAAGCAGAACCAGCUGAGCGGAGCCGGCCAGACGAACAGCAACCUGGAUCUGGGCGCUAACAUCGCCCCGGUGGCCGUGCAGCCGGAUUUACCCGUGUACACAAACCUGAACAGUUACGGCAGCGGACCAAUGGGAACCACUGUCAACUACACCACGGACACGGUCCCUUUCCCGCCUCCUCCGUCGCAUCAUUUGGGGGCAGCCCCUCCGCAGACGGAGCUCUCUCGGGUACAGCCACCGCCGAAGGAGGAGCCUCAGACGGUUCCCGACGUUCAGAGCUUCGGGGAGAGCCCGCCGCUGUCUCCCAUCGACAUGGACUCACAGGAGCGCAUCAAAGCCGAGAGGAAGAGGCUCCGGAACCGGAUCGCAGCCUCAAAGUGUCGCAUGCGCAAGCUGGAGCGGAUCUCCCGACUAGAGGACAAGGUCAAGACGCUCAAGAGCCAAAACACCGACCUGGCCUCGACGGCCAGCCUGCUGAGGGAGCAAGUGGCCCAGCUGAAACAGAAAGUCCUCUCCCAUGUCAGCAGCGGCUGCCAGCUGCUGCCACACGAGGUCCAGGUGCACUAGUCGGAGGGACCGAGCUGCAAGGGGGCUACCGACCAGCAUAUAAGCUUCGUGGACCUCGUUAAUGUUGGUCUCUCUGUAUGUGGCGUGGCCCAGAUGUUCCCCGAUCCACGUAGGGAUGAACAUCGGGCCACGCACACCAAACUCUAUAUUAAUUUUAGGCAGUUUUAAGAUGGCAUUUAGGAUUUGUAAAAAAUGUAAACAUACCUGGUAGAACAUAUAUCAAUAUCAUGAAAAAUGAGACUCUUACGCUGUUAUCGGCCAACAGUAAAUUCAACUAAUGUGUAUUUUUAUUCCUCCUCCUGGUGGAGAGUGUAAAUCAGUGUUAUUUAUUGGAUUUUUAUAAUAGAUAAUCCUCAUUGGGUUCAUUUUGUUUGGGCCGAAAUGAAGGGCAUUUGCAUUUGAUGUAUUCGAUGUAUGAAAUCCUGUUCUACCUCGUAUGUGUGUUUACUGGAGGACAAGGCAGCAUAAAACUGCCAGUAUUUUCAAUGAGAUUUGGUCAUGGGGUUUCCUGAUUGAAGGAAGAGGCACCUUUGAUGGUAGACAUGUGCCACAUGUCUUGAUUUUUUUUUUCUGUAAAAAAAGUGUUUACGAACUCUUAUUUAUAUUCUUAAACAUGGACCAAACAGUACUUCUACCAAAAUAUGCACAUUUGUGACACAGAUAUCCUUAAUUUAUGGGGAAUUGGCUGCAAGAAAAACACCCACAUUUGAUAUGUAAGAGACGAUCUACGUGUACAGUCUCUGUGUUUCUGUAGGGAACAAUUUGCAUGUUGUUGACAAACUCGAAUGUUGCCCUCAGCUGGGUGGCACAGGGCGAAAUUAAUCAGUGUUUGUUAUCUUUAACCUUUACACACACACGUGUAUGUUGUCUAUUUUUACUCAACUGUGCCCUUGUUUUAAUUGUGAGGAGUCCUAACCUUUCUGUGCAACUGACUGUUGCCAUGACCUCUAGCCCACAGUUAUUUGGCUUUAUGUCUGAAUUAAAAUGCUGCUCGGCAAUAAAGCUGUUUCCUCUA